UUUUACGCUUUAUUUUUUCCUGGGUUGUAACGUUAGUAGGCCGGUCGUACUAGCAAGUUGUGCAACAGUGCGGGGUGUUUAAUACACCUGUCAUGUGAACUUCAACUCUUCUCUGUAUGAUGAGUUCGUCCGGUCGUUUCAAAAUCUAUCAGUCAUGACGUCUUAAGAUCUCCAUGACAACGUGUUGCCAUGGAUACGGUAAUGUAAUGAAGUUCGGCGUUGUUGUUGUGUGGUUGGAUGUGGGAGGCCAGCCCUGGGCGGUGCGAUGCGUUUGGCCGCGGUGGGGAGUCCGUGACGUGCAUCCCAACCAAGAUGGCGGGCUGGGUGAAAGUUGUGAAGCUGGAGCGGCCGGGAGGGACCGGGAUUUACGGCUUCUCGGUCAUCGGGGGGCCGGGAACCGAGGUGCCGCUGUGCAUCGGCGCCGUGAUAGAGGGAUCGCCGGCCGACUACAGUCGCCAGAUCCAUGUGGGGGAUGUGAUCCUGGAAGUGGAUGGCAGACCAGUCCAUGGGCUCUCCAAGGACGAAGUUCUAAACCUGGUGCAGAAUUCCAAUGAAGAUGUUGUCUUGGCACUACGAGAGGACCCUGAUGUAAGAGACAAGGCUGAGGAACUCCUGUCCCAGCUGCCCCCCCCUCGCCCAGCGACCCCCCACACCCCGCCCCCCCCAGCCUACGAGCCGCUGCCCCACCUGGGGUACGACGGGAUACCCCCCGAGAUGGCAGACGACCGACACGCCAGGCACGACCACCACCACAUGGGGCGGACAGGCAGCAAGAAGCUGCACCACGGCCAGCGCGCCAAGUCCGAGGGGGAGGGCAAGUGUCUGUCCACGGCCAACACUCCGGUGCACAACAACACGGAGGCCGCCAUGCCGCCCGAGGAGCCGCCCGUCGUCGUGACGACGCGCAACCCGCGGCUCGGAGACAUCCAGUCCAAGCUGCACAGCUCCAUGCCUCUGUUGGACAUCUACUCCUCACACAGGUCGAAGUCGUUUGACCACAGAUACUGCUGCGACCAGACGGACUCCAGGGAGGGUUCGCCCACGCAGACGCCGCAGGACGGGAAACCGGGAAAGGUCGUCGGGCAGCUGACGUUCGACGUGAGUCUUCCAAACGCGUCCCCGAGGAUAGAGUCUGGGACGAAGAGCCCCAGCGCGGACCAGCUGUUGUACUCUGCGCAGCGGAGUAACUCCUUACAGCCCCACGCGCAGCUGGAGCAGAAGAAGUCCAGCAGUCUGGACGUGUUAGGGACCGGCGCGGAGGCCCGGUUACAGGGCCGGUCCCCGUCCCACAUGUUAGUCCGACAGGCAAAGGUGGAAAACGAGGAGGAAAAGGCUCUGCAGGCGCAACAAAACCUCGAAAAUCAGAAAUCAGACAGGUUCCUCUCAGUUAAAGAUGAGAAGCCGCCAAUCGCGGUGAAACCGCAGCGCUCGUUUGACAGGCGAGCUCCGGCCCGCCAUGUGGCGGAACGGGAACACAUGUACGUGCAGAGAGGAUACAGCGCCGAAGCGGCGCCCCCACGGCCGCCACGCCCGGAUCCCCCCACGAGAACUGUGUCUGUCGACGUCCAUAAAAAACGGGAGAAGGAAAGAGAAAGAGACGGCACGCAAACUUACGUUAAUCUGGAACAUUCGCCGUCCAAGACGCGUCCGGGAGCGCACACCCUGCGCAGACUAGAGGGACUGAAGUCGCCGGAAAAGUCUUCGGAGAGCAGUUCUGGUUUCUCUGAAGCCACCACACCCACCAUGCACGUAGUUAGGGAAACGGUUAUUAACGGAGUAGACCCGCAAACUGGGACUGCCACGAGCGAGAGGAUAGUUACGGUAAUGCACGACGGGCACGGACUGGCCACGCAUCAUAACCCAAUCUACCAGCAGCUGCCUGUGAGACCUCGCAGUCUGGACGAGUCGUCUCUGGGGGAGAUGGCACGAACUCUGACCUUCAUAGGUCAUGUGGUCACUCACAAACCCCCCCAGCCCCCUCCGUGGCUGCAGCUGCCGAUGCGCCCCCGGAGCAUGGAGGACUCGCCACACGACCUCCCGCGGAGCUACUCCGAGGCCGCCACGUUACCGCGGGACGCCGCCCUGCUGGCCCGCGACUACGCCGAGAUCGACGACGACGACAUCCCGGACAUCGAGGAGAAGGACGAGAGAAAAGACGAUGACGAUGACAGCGAUAGUGACGGGGAGGAGAAGGGAGUGUACGAGUCGCGGGCGUGGUCGGACUCGGACUCGGAGGUAGACUUGGCGUUAGACAGGGAGCCGGGGAGUCCCAAGAAGGUGGACAUUCCCUCGGCAAAGAGGCUGGCCAAGAGACUCUAUAACUUGGACGGGUUCAAGAAGUCUGACGUAGCAAGACAUCUUAGUAAAAAAAAUGAGUUUAACCGCCUGGUGGCGCAGGAGUACCUCGCACACUUCGACUUCAGCGGGCACCAGCUCGACAUCGCUCUUAGGACAUUUUUGAAGGCGUUUUCUCUGACGGGAGAGACGCAGGAGAGAGAGCGGGUCCUGAUGCACUUCUCACACCGCUACCACGAGUGUAACCCUGCCAUGUGUGGGUCGGAAGAUGCUGUACACACGCUAACGUGUGCGCUGAUGCUCCUAAACACUGAUCUACAUGGACAGCAUGGAGGGAAAAGGAUGACGCUGACGGCCUUCAUCGACAACCUGUCCGGACUGAACGACGGGAACAACUUCAACAAGGACACUCUCAAGGCGCUGUACCACUCUAUCAAGUCUGAACCCAUCGAGUGGGCUGUUGAUGAAGAAGAGAAGGAAGGAGCAGCUGCAAACAAGACUGGCAAUGAAUCCACAUCUUCUCCAGGAAUCGGAGACAACCCGUUCUUGGACGUUCCCCGCGACCCCAAUGCCGUGACCUUCAAGCAAGGCUUCCUUCUUAGGAAGUGUACGGUCGAGGCCGAUGGGCGCAAAAUACUAUGUUGUUUGCCGGCACCUCUGGGCAAACGAGGCUGGAAGAUGUUCUACGCCUCCUUAAAGGGGCUCAUACUCUUCAUGCAUAAGAAACCCAAGACAGAAGAAGAUAUACCUGAAGAGGAGGAGUACAGAUACGAGCGUCAAGUGUACACUGAAGACAUUAGGAACUCCAUCAGUAUUCACCACUCGCUGGCCAGCAAGGCCACCGACUACAAGAAAAGGCCCAAUGUCUUCAGAUUACGCACAGCAGAGUGGAGGAUUUUUCUGUUCCAAGCCAGUGACCAGGAAGAAAUGCAGGACUGGAUGACGAUGAUCAAUCUGGCCGCAGCUUCUCUGUCAUCUCCACCGCUUCCCGCAGCCAUUGGCUCCCAGAAGAAGUUCCGCAGACCGGUCAUGCCCGUGGCACCCACCAGGCUAACUCCUACAGAACAACUGCAGCACCAUGAGAACAAGGUUCAGUCACUUGAGCAGGAGCUGGCGGAACACAGGCAGUACGCGCCGGACAAGCGCGCCAGGUCACACGUCAUACGGGAGUGGCACGAGAAGCACAACUACCUGGAGUUUGAGAUCACCAGAUUUAAGACGUACGUGUACCUGCUCCAGUCCAAGAUCGCGCAGGACGAGGAGACCGCCAUGAUGCGCCCCAUCAGCGGAACAACCUCCAUGCCCACCGGAUUCAACCAGACAGGAGAGGCCAGGAGGGAAGGCCUGAAGAAAUCCCACUCGACCGUCUCCACCCGGCAGAGGCCGCCCAAAGUGCACCGCAGCAUGUCCGACCGCUACAGCUACCGACAGGCCAUCAUGAACAGUAACCCCGACGGCCCCUAGCAACCGUCGCCAUAGCAACCACAUCCCGGGGACACCACGGCAACCAGGCCGGAACAUAGCAACCGCCCGACGAUGUAUGAUAUAAAGUAGGACCUCGGUCAGUCGGCCGUUUCUCCAGACGGUCCACGCUCCCUGCGGACAGGCAGCUCGCUGACCCACCUGUACAAAUGACCCCGCAGCAUUAUGCAAGGACUCCCCGCACUUUUGUACAGUUAGGAGACAGGGAGUGCUGCCGCCACCACCGCAUCUCACCGGACGGAGACUGGACUUCCUGGAAUUUUACUGGAAACUUCCCGAAAAUUUCCUGGAAGCUUUCAGGGUAUUUACUGGAAAUUUACUAGAGAUUUCACAGAAACUUCCCAGAAAUUUACAUUAACUGGAAACUUCCUGAAAAUUUACUGGAAAUUUACUGGAAACUUCUUGUAAAUCCAGUGGAAACUUCCCGGAAAUUUACUGGAAACAACAAUUAGAAAUCUACUGGAAAUUCCCGCCAGCCCUGGAAACUGCCAGCCACGAGACACAGUUGUGUAGUGAAUGGUUUCAUAAUCUACAGGGAAGGAUAAAGAGGCGUUUUUUAAACUUUGGUGCAAGAAAGGCAAAGGAUUUUUAAUGAUAAGAAGCCGUGUUGUGGAUCAAUCGAGUUUUGACAGGUAAAGCAACGGAAAGAGCAACACAAGGAGUCUACUUCCAUGGAGCAAGUGAAAAGUGGCUGGAAAGGGCAACUUAAGUCGUGAGGAGAUUUUUAGAAGCAACCAAUGAGAUGUCUUGCCGGUAGAGUCAACCAACCAACCAACCACAAGCCAUGCUGAAAAUGUUUCGGUAACGAAUCAGAGUUUGCAGUCGUUAUAGCCAAUCAGAGGCCUUGCUCCAAUAGCCAAUUAGAUCAAUGUGUAGAUUGACCAAUGACAACACUAGAUUCCAUGGGCACUAGCCAAUCAAAUUUCACUUACAUGUCAAAGAGGUCAACGAUCUGAUUUUUCCUGUCAAGACUUAAUAAUAAUAAUAAAUGCAAUGCAGUACCUGUCGCCAUGGCAUCUGUUGCCAUGGCAACAGCACGCAAUAUGUGAGAAGCAGGGUCAGUUUUAGGAUGCGCAGGCGAUGAUGAGAUGUUUUAACGGAAGGAAGUUUGUAACCGGAUUAUGGACGAAGCAACGUAAAAGAAACGUGGUGGUGUUGUAUUGAUACUCACUUCAAGAUGUCCAAAGCCAUAUGUACAGAAAAAAGCUACAUGAAUUCACGUGCCAUGACACAAUGUGUACUACUAGAUCUCACGCUCAGCUCCGAUAUUUCAAUGUGAUCCAAUGUGCCAUAUGUAACGCCCCCCUCCCCCUCAUGUCUAUCAUUGUGGCCAAAAGCAAAGGAGCCGGGGAAUUAUUAGGCAUUUUCCCAUGUUAAAUACAGAGUAGGUGUUUCAGCUUGUCUCAUAGUUUCCACCAGCCAUUCCUAAGGAGUUGGGUUCUAAGUAAUGAGACAGGAAAGAGGUGAGGCCUAGGAAAAAUGUUGCAUUUCUUGUUUCCUGACCCACCUUAGA